AUGCUCUCCUCGACUGUCGCUUCGGCUGCCGCGUUUGUGCUGGCGCUGGCUCCUGCCUUGGCCACCGCCCAGUCCGGCAACUGGACUCCCGGCCAGGGCACGCACUAUGGCCCCUUCCCUGCCUACCCCGCAGCUUCUGAGCUCGGAUACUACCCCAACGAUGUCGGCGUCGGCUGCUCGAACGGCCAGCCCGGCGGUGAUCCCAACUGGAAUCUGGUUCUUGCUGGUGGUGUCUACCCUCCUCCUGCUGGCACCCAGACCGUCUGGCCCAAGCGCGCCACUGUUGCUGUCUCGGCCAAGUACUGGGCUGCCCAGUAUGCCCUUGCCGGCAUCGCCUACAAGGCUCCCAUUUGCUACCAGACCAUCUGGAUCCGCAACGCCAACAACCACACCCAGAUGGUCGAGGCCACCAUCGUCGACUUUUGCCCAUACAGCGGCUGCACCUGGGCCGAAGAAGAUCUCGGCUACAACGUCGAUAUCUACGGCAGCGCCACCUGGGAUUUGCUCGGCGGCCCGUUCCCCACCGUCGGUCCCAAGGUUGACAUUGAGAUCCUGUGGCCCGACUACCUGAGACCCAACGCUUCCAACACCGUGCCCCCUCCCAAGCCCUCGUCGACCAGCGCCGCCACCACUAAGGCUCCUUCUCCGACCACCAAGAGCACCAAGACCACUACCACUACCACCACCACCACCACCACCACCACCACUACCACUACCACCAAGCCCGUCAAGACCACUAAAACCACUAAGACCAAGACCACCAAGUCCAAGAAGACCACCAAGCCCCCCAAGUCCAAGAAGACCACCAAGCCUCCCAAGUCUAAGAAGACCACCAAGCCUCCCAAGACCAAGUAA